AUGAUCUCCAGUGUGCUGAAGCUGAUGUUGUUGGCUGUGCACCAAGCAAAGACUGUCGGUCAACAUUCCUCAGAGUGCACACAUUCUGCGCCAGUAGAGAUGGAGUUGAUACAUGCAAAGGUGACUCUGGUGGAGGAGUGGUGUUCAAGGACAGGAUUUAUGGUGUCCAUGUCAGCUCUGAGGAGAAUUAUUGGGGGUAACCCAUGUGAGCGUCAGUACCACGUCAAACUAAGAGUUCCUGCUGGUCCAUCUUUCAUCUUGUGUGGUGGCUCUCUGAUCAGUGACCGGUGGAUUUUAACUGCAGCUCACUGUUUGAAGCCAGGAAGAGUUGAGAUCGCAGGUCAUGGUGCCACAGCUGGAGGCCCCAAUGAUGAAAGGAAACCUGGUAACUCACCUACUCUUCACUGUGCAGACGUUGAAGUUGUCGACUGUGAAGACCUCAAAAAUAGGAACACUUCCCAAAGGCCUACCAAGUCAAGGUGUAUCAGCACUGGUUCUGUGGCCAAACAGCAACAGUGGACAUAUGUUAUGGAGAUUCUGGUGGAGGAGUGGUGUACAAAGACAAGAUUUACGGCGUCAUUUCUUUCCUCGGUGACCCUGCCCAUGUUUGUAGAGAACCAGCUGCAUUCAUGGACCUCUGCAAUCCAGAUUACACCACAUGGAUCAAUCAAACUAUCACCUGACAAGGAAAGACGUCUACAGGCAUUCUGA